AUGUGGCUAGCUCUGACAACAAGACCGGACAUACUGCAUUCAGUGUCCAAGUUGGCUCAUCGAAACCAAAAUCCGCAUGCUGAGCACAUGGCUGGCAUAAAGCACAUCCUAAGGUAUCUCUCGUCCACAGUUGACGUGAAAUUACACUAUCAGCAAUGUGGUCAAUCGUUCUGCGGAUACGUGGAUGCGAAUUGGGCAGGAGAUAGGCUUGCCAGGAAGUCUUACACUGGCUACAUCUACUUGUUGGCCGAUGGUCCAAUUUCUUGGCGUUCAGAACAACAGCGAAGCGUGGCGUUAAGCAGUACCGAGGCGGAGUACAUGGCACUGUCAGCGGCUUUUAAGGAUGCGAUAGUCAUGUGA